AUGAACAAAGAUUCGAGUUUUACCUGGAUUCCUAAAAAGCUUUCUGAUUUGAGAUUGUCCGUGCUCAUCGUCGGUGGUACUGGAGGUCUUGGGAGGGCAAUCAGCCGUGCCUUACUGGCUGCUGGUGCUGAUGUAACUGUUGUUGGUAGAACCUUUAAGGACGAAGAUACUAAGAUCAAGUUUGUCAAAGCAGACCUUAGUAGUAUCAAAGAGUCCGAGAAAACAGCUCAUGAACUAGAUGUUUCAAAUACCGAUAUUCUUCUCUUUACUACUGGUAUUUUUGCUGCUAAUUCAAGACAGGAAACUGCAGAAGGCUUAGAACGUGAUAUGGCUACUAGUUAUUUGAACCGUUUGGUAAUGCUUCGUAUUUUGGUGCCAAAAUUGAAAAAAACUAGUGCUCUUGGAUUUGCCCCAAGAGUUUUUCUCAUGGGAUUUCCUGGUAAUCAACAAUUAGGUAAUAUCAACGAUUUGAACCUGGAAGGGAAAUAUUCAAUGUGGCAGGCCCAUAUGACCACGGUGGCUGGUAAUGAAGCUUUAAUUUAUGACAGUGUUGAUAAAUACCAAGGGGUUCAUUUUUACGGCUUGAACCCGGGACUUGUCAAAACUGGUAUCAGAAAUAACUUAUUGGGUGAGAACUCUUGGGUAUCUUCAAUGAUUGAGUCUUUGAUCGGAUGGUUUACCCCAACUCCAGAGGGCUACGCAGACAAGAUUAGUCCUAUCUUGAUUGCUCCCGAAUUAGAAAAGCGUAAUGGAGGUAUUUUUGAUAACAAAGGUAAUGCCCUUUUCCCUUCUAAAGGUAUGACCACAGAAUAUUCUAAGAAGUUUGUUACCGAGUCGGAAACUUUACUUAAAAACAAGGGCUUAUAA